AAAAUAAGUAACUUGGAAAGCAAGGUAUGACAAAAGUGUCGAUUUUGCCAUUUGCCGUACAGUUGUUUUCCUAUUGUAAUGGAGGUAGGGCGUUAAAUCGAAAUGUGUUAAGUGUGUGCAGUAGAAGAAUGACUUCUAAGAAAACGUACGGCAACAGGAAGUUAUAUUCUCUACCAGAUGACUAUCACUUGAGAGGAACGAAAGUUCGUGCAACACAUGGCGCCAAGAGGAAUGAAGAUGCAGCAAAACUGAUAAAGUAUAUAGAUGACAACGUUAUUGGAAGGAACACAACAUUUUCUGGUCCAUAUGGGAGACGUAAAGUUGUGUACUGCGAUUAUACUGCGUCCGGAAGGUCGCUGCAGUUUAUAGAGGAUUACAUACUGAGGGAAGUGCUGCCUAGCUAUGGAAACACCCACACCACGACGAGUAUCACCUCUAUGCAGUCCACUCUCUUCCGGCAUGAGGCACGGGACAUUUUCCGAAAUGCAGUUCACGCAUCUGAGCAUGAUGCCGUAAUCUUCGCUGGCCAUGGCUGCACCGGCGCUGUGCACAAGCUCAUACAUGCACUCAACCUGGUUGAGCCUCCCAUUGUGUUUGUUGGACCCUGUGAGCACCACUCUAACCUGCUCCCAUGGAGGGAGAAAGAUGCCAAGAUUGUUCGUAUUGCCGAAAGGAAAGAUGGCUUUCUUGAUUUGGAUGAUUUGGAGUCCCAGCUGCAGCUGCAUCAGGGAACUGGAAGGCAGUUGAUUGGCUGUUUCUCUGCUGCAUCGAACAUAACGGGUAUCCUAGCAGAUGAUGUGGCAACUACAUUGUUGUUGCAUCAGUAUGGCGCCCUUGCCUUCUGGGACUAUGCAGCUGCAGCUCCAUAUGUUAAAUUGGAUAUGAAUCCAUUUCUACCUGGAGUGGAUGAGAGAGCAGUAUACAAAGAUGCCAUGUUUUUUUCUGUACAUAAAUUCGUUGGCGGCGUACAGACACCAGGUAUACUUAUUGCCAAGAAGGCUCUGUUUAAGAACACAGUGCCAAACGGCUGUGGAGGGGGCACAGUGUUCUUUGUGACACGGGACAGUCACCGCUAUUUGCAGGACACAGAGCUUCGAGAGGAGGGUGGCACCGCGGCUGUGGUGGAGUCCGUCAGAGCUGGACUUGUAAUGCAGCUCAAAGAGACCAUAGGGGUUCAGGCUAUCAUGGCACGUGAGGAGAAGAUAUCCAGGAUGGUCCUGGCCCACAUUCGCACCAUUCCAGAACUCAUUCUUCUCGGAAGUAGCUCUCAGUCGGUGAAGAGACUUCCUAUCUUUUCGUUUAUGGUUCGCCAUCCACGUGGAACCUUCCUGCAUCAUAACUUUGUGUGUACUGUCCUGAAUGAUGUGUUUGGAAUACAGGCACGUGGAGGCUGUGCAUGCGCAGGUCCCUACGCUCAAGAUUUAUUGGGAAUAGAUGAACAUUUGGCUCAAGAAUAUGAAACGGUUCUGCUUGAGGAUUCACGUCUAGAUCGGACACACCUUCGGCGAAGAGAGGAGCAUUCAAGUUUUGAGAUGCUGCGACCUGGCUUUGCUCGUAUCAGCCUACCGUUCUUCAUGUCUGAUUCUGAAGUAGCUUUUGUGCUUGAAGCUCUGAAGAUGGUGGCCACCGAAGCCUGGAAGUUACUUCCGCAGUAUAUCUUGUAUCCCGAAACUGGUGAAUGGCGUCACCACACAAACAUAGUGUUUCGAGACAGGAAGUGGCUCGGUUCAAUCCGCUACGUUGAUGGCAAGAUGACGGUAAAUGAGCGAAGAGUAUCAGGACAUGGUACAUUUCCUCCUCAGGAUUAUGCAGAGUGUCUGCAUACAGCUAGGAGCAUAUUCAAUAAAGCAAGAAAGAUGGCUCAGCGUUACCCUUUGGCAGAUCAGUGUGUUAUGUUUGAUGAAAACACAAAUCGCCUACGUUGGUUCAUGCUUCCAAGCGAAGCACAAGAUCUUCUGUUGGGCAACUCGCAGAAUGUUAAACAUGAUGUUCCAUUUGAUCCUGUCGAAUAUUCCGGUUCACGCAGAAGUGUUGCAGAGGCUCUUCCUGCGCCGUUGAAUGCAACUAAUGGUGCACUUCCUGUUUCAGUUUCACUCUCACGACCCACUUACUUCGUGUCCCCUCGCCAUAACAGUUUGCCAUGUACGGAUCAUGGUAAAGCAGAAGUGGUGACUCCACCUACAAUCUCUGUUAUGUGUCCUCCAUUGCUGAAUGUUAGCAGUGGAAGUGAAGGAUCUCUUGACAAACAUAAACAAAAAUCUUACGCUGAUGGUCAAAGCCCUUUACAUUUUGCCGUUGGUGAAGUAAUGAAUCCGGCUGCUGUCAUGACAAAAUUGCCAACAGGAGUGGCUAAGAACAUUAUAAAUGAGCAGUUAUAUCCACCUCGAACACGCUGCCAUAGUCUUGGUUCGUUCUCAGGCAUUUCUCCAAUCCUGAGUCCACAGAAAAUGGGUAGUCUUGGUAUUGGAGACAUGAAGGAAUGGCAGUGUAGCUGCAGCAGUCAGACUGAUCUCAGCUCCCUGGAAGUCGAGUCAACGUCAAGCUUGAACUUUCUACAGCUCAGCACAUUAUCUGCCGCUGACUGCAAUGUGGCAGGUCGCUCUUCACCCACUGCAUCAUCUGUCUCGACCCAGAGUCCUGAAGACCUUCAAGCAUAUGUAAAAGAAGUUACAAAGGAACUAGCAACUGAAAUCAAAUCAGAGAUACGUGAAGUGAUAUCCAAAGUAGAAGAUGUUUUGUCGGAAAGUACAGAUUCAGCAGGGGAAACUUGCGGUAGCUUUCAUCAACACCUUGCCAGUUCCUCAAUGGACAAACUUCAUUCAGGUUCAGGUGAAAUUGCUAAAAGUGACUCAGUAUCUGCAAAUGAUGUAGCCGAAUAUUUGAUGGAAUUCUCCAGGGAAAUGGCUUCUGAGAUGAAGUCAGAAAUUAGGGAAAUGGUGAAUGCAGUUGAUGUCCUCAUCUCGCCUGAUGCUCAGAGUCAUGAAGAAAAGUCAUCUUCUGCAGAUUCUCCGGUUGAUACUCCAGGGACACACCCUGGCAUUGCAGGAUGUGUCAAUACAAAAUUAGGGGAUUUGAGUGGGGAGAGAACCCACUCAAGCGAAUGCUCUAGUGACGAGACUGUUGUGCAUAUACUCAGUGCAGACCCAAAGAAAAGUCAGACUGCUGAUAAUGGGACUGGUUCGAAUGAAACUGAUGAGGAGGAAGAUGAUGUUGCAGCAGACAACAGACGGCAUCAUCAGAUGCGUUCUACAAUAAAUAGCAUUAGUUCUCAGGACAGUGGAAUCAAUUUAACUUUCCAAGAGUCAGAUUCAUCAUCACAUGGCACAACUGAAAAAAGGAGCAGUGAAUUGACAAGCACUCACAUUCGCAAAACAAACAGUUUGUCUGAUUCAAGCAUCAGUGUUGGAGGUGAUGCUAAGCUCGCUACUACCAGUCAGCAGCUUGUGUCUGUACCUGCAGAAAUGUCAUCUGAGGCACAAGCCCAGCAGCCUGUAGGUAACAUAGUUACACCUGCUGACCAUGUUGCCAGAUGGCAUUGCCCACCAAAAUCAAUCUGGAAACCAGCUAUUGAGGCACUCCAAGAAUUUGACAUGAUUCGUGAUGGUGAUCGAGUGAUGGUGUGUCUGUCGGGAGGCAAAGACUCACUGAGCCUCCUCCACACACUUCAUCAGUACCAGUUUUAUGCUAAAUCCAAGGGGAUUCAUUACACCCUUGGGGCAGCUACAGUAGACCCCGGCAGCUCAGCAUAUGAUCCACGGCCAUUAGUACCAUACCUCCAGGCACUGGGUGUCCAUUAUCUUUAUGAGGAGCAAGCUAUCUUGCAGCAAGCAGCAGCACUGGAGAAGGGAUGCAAGUCUGUAUGCAGCUUCUGCAGCCGCAUGAAGCGAGGAAGGUUGUAUGCAGCUGCCCGCAGUCAUGGCUACAAUGUGCUGGCCUUGGGACAACAUCUUGAUGAUCUCGUCGAGAGUUUUCUCAUGUCUGUUUUUCAUAAUGGCAGACUUAGAUCCAUGAAGGCACAUUAUUACAUUAGGGAACGUGACCUACGUGUGAUUCGCCCAUUUGUGUAUGUGCGAGAGAAGACGCUGCGUCAAUUCGCUGAGAGCAGAAACCUCCCAAUUAUCCCAGAGAACUGUCCUGCAUGCUUUGAUGCACCAAAAGAACGCCAUCGUGUGAAACAACUGUUGGCACAGCAGGAGAUACUGUUCCCUCGCCUCUUCUGGAGCUUGCGAUCUGCCCUUCACCCACUCAUUAGUUUCCGGCACACUGGCGAAGAGAGCAGAAUCUACACGCGCCACAGGAAACAAUCUCAGUCCCAUGGAAUGCAUCCCACUUCUGAUGCUCUAAGUUCCGAUACAGAGGAAGAGCCAGUGUCUUAGAUGGGUAAAUACGUACACCCCACAACACACUUAAGCUGUUGUUAUUCUUCUGAUUUCAACUGGAACAUAACUGCAACUUCUGCUUACAUUUUUGGAACAGACAUGAAGAUUCACUUGUUCAGAGAACAUGUUAUACAAAUUGAGUGAUCUGUGUUGAUAUGAAGAAAGAAGUAAAAUGGAAAUGAGUAUAUUCAGGAAUGGACCAAUGGGCAUUAUUGAUAGAUGUUGGUACAUUUGGGAUUGGCCCAGCAGACAUGUUAAUAGACAUGGGUAUAUAUUUGGACACCCUAGGUGGACAUGAGUAUAUUCUGGGUUGAUCCUCAAUGAAUUAAAAAUUUACUGGGAAAUAAGAAACCAACAGAAAGAUGCCUCUACUUCUGUGAACCUUAAUUCCUGUCAGAAAUAAGGCUGAUGUCUUGUCAUAUUUAAAUAUUUGCAGAAUUUUCAAUACAAGAAGAUUCUUCUCUAGCCAGAAGAUACAUAAUUACAUACAUAAUUAAUAUGUAUACAGGACUCUACAUAUUGUAAAACUUACUGAUUAGUAAUUGUAAGUAAUUUAUGAAUUGAAAGAUGAUGAAAUCACUGAUUUGGAGUUGUUAGGACAGUGAAUUGAAAUGGUGUAUCAAAGAUGCAGAUAAGAUGAGCAAAGUACAAGAGAGAACAGAUCUAGACUUUCUGCCUGAACUGUGGAACCAAGUAAGUUAAUAUUCAGAAGGUCCCAUGGGUGGUUAUUGUGGUUGAAAUCCUUCGUGAUUUUGGCCAUUAAUACCAGCUGGGUAUCCUAAAUACCAUAACCGUGGUCUAUAACCUAACCAUCUGCCAUUUUGUAACAUUCACCAUUGUCUUCAGCUGCACAUUAUUAACUGUUACUGUCAGGAAAUAUGGAUUUUAGAGUCUCAUGUAGCCCCCACUGCAGGGGCUAGUGACCAAAUUUUUAAUCCUCUUCUGUCCUCUUUUGGAAGCUUUCUGCAACCAGCAUAAUGAAUUUACUGCCAUAUUGUGAUGUGUGCCAAGUGUCAUGUCUUUGCUUGUAUUCAUUGACACCUUUUUUUUAGUAGUUCAUUCGUGUAUGGAAACAGAUUGUAUCUGUAUCACAAGUAGUGGUUUCUUCUGUUUUAGAUAAAACUUUUAAUUUAA